AUGGAGACAUUGCAUGCCGUAACGAUCAAGGAGUCCCUAGAAGAAUUUGAUGAAGUAACACCAGACGUGUGUGUGACUGAUCCGUCGUUGGAAGAAACUACAAGUGCAGUGGAAAUGCGAGAAGAGGAAGGUCGAUAUGGAAUUGGGGUCGCCAACCAGGAUCAACUACAUUCGGGAUGUGAGGAUCAAAGAACAUCAUCGUCGAAAUGCGGCGGGCCAGAUCCGUCAUCAAUGAUGAGUGUACAAUCUAGGACGGGAUAUGUGGCCAGUGAUCCGUUGAACGACAAGUUCAUCUUGAAGAUCAACCAGGCGCGUCGGAUCUGGAUCUUACCUGGGACUCAGAUCAAGAUUAUGAUGAAUGUGUAUACUACCCUGAAGGGAGUGAGUGAUCUUUACGCGGAAGAUGUCGAAGGUCAGAUGGCGGUACUACCUGAAGUGCCCGUGACGACGGAAGAUAUCUGGAAGUUCCAGCACCUCUUGAUCGGCAAAGGUAAUGCCCUGCCGCCGGCCGCCCGAGGUGAUGUAUUCGAUAUCGAUGUCGGAGGAGCGAGGCCUAUCGCCCUGAAGGAAAAGCUAGCAGACCUGAUCAAGGGUCUAUUGUCUGCCAAGAUGAUCAAUUACUCUAGAUCACCGUGGCCUUCCCCGAUCGUGGUGAUCAUCAAGAAGAACGGAGUGGAUAUCAGAUCCACAGCCCUACAAGGACGUCCAGGACAGUGGGGUGCUCUGUUGUCGCCCUGGACUCUUGAGAUCACUAAGUGUGUCAAAGGAGAGGGCGAGAUCGUAGGAGCAUUGGCGGCCAGUAUUACCCCUAGAUCUGAAGUGGAUAAGGCAUUGAUAUCGAUUGCCCCUAAAAAGAAGGAGCCCACACGAAAGAUCCAAGCUCCGAUCUCCAUUAUUGGACGUGACGAGGAUCUAUAA